GCGGUCAAGAAGAACGACGAACGGGAAACUUGCUGGAUGCUAAAAGUUGAUACAAAGGAUUAACAAAACAAGAAAAAAUUAAAAAUAUAAAGGUCACAGGACAUAAAAGGACGAAAGUGCAAAAAGUGUUUGAAUUUGUGUAUAAAAGCCAGCGACCAGCCCCUUUGUGAAAAUAAAAGUAUAAAAAAGUGACUUCUUGGAACAAAAUUUUGAAAAAGUGUGCGUAGUUGAAGUAUAUGAACGCUUACCAACUGCCACUAAAAGGACUAGCGGUUAUAUUUUUAUUAAAUUUUGAAGUGUUAAUAUUAAGCUUUGAAAUUGAAACUAUUUUCUUGACAAUUUCGAAAAACGUAAAGUUGAAAUGGUUUAUGAAAAGUUGCUGAAAUGCUUGCUGUUAAUAACCGCCGUGCUGCUACUACCCGCCCAUGCUUUCUGGUGGGCGUCACCGACUGCGGCCCCCGCAACCGAAUCGCCGCGAGUGCUUAAAGAGAUACCGCUCACCUACUUCCGCAGCUAUACCUACCAACCAAUCGCCGGCAAUCCUUUCGCCGCCUUCCCCUACUACCAUCACGCGGCGAGCGCACUGCCGUCAACGCUGCUUGCGGGUCCUGCGCGUUACGAGCAUGGCACCUACCUGCAUGGCAGCGCAUAUCCUGUGAGCGUCGCACUGCCGCAUCCGCAGCAGCAGCAACAGUCAAUGCUGCCGCCAAUGUAUCAGCUGCCACAGGCUCCUGUGUUGCACGCAAAACCGCUGCCGAGUCCAACAACUACUACCAGUACCACCAGCACUGAGCCGCCUACGACCACCAGCACCACUACUACUACAACAACGACGACCACAACACCGCCACCACCUUCAACGACGACCGCGAGCAGCAGCACCAGCACGACACACGCGUCCGUCUCGCAGCCGAGUGAACCGCAACCUCAACCAUACCCAUACCCAUACCCCACCUACAAUCGUCGUGCCUAUAUGGGUUACAAUCCACACUCCUACCGGCCGUCCUAUCCCUAUCCGGACUACACUGUCUACAAGACCGCGCCAGCGACGCGCUACAAUAGUCAAGGGGGACAAAUUCAGUUUGUGCCCUGCAUGUGUCCGGUUAGUGUGGGCGCCUCGGGCCAAGUGCAGCAUGCGGCGUUGUCGGCGGAGGGACGCACCAACAGCGACGAGGAGGAUGACUUAAUGCUAUUAUCGCGCGCUGAUGAACUGAAUUUGCCUGUGGAAUUGAGUGUGGUCACUGAGCGAGCGGCGCAGGAAACGACUGAAGCGGUUAAGCCCCAAAGCGGCACUGACGUAACGGCAAAGGCUGGAGCGGAGACUGAAAUAAUGGAGACUUUGGCGCCAAAAGCGUCAGACCUUGCAGUUGAGCAAUUGAGUACGAAUAAGGUGGAAGAGCAGUCAGGGGAUGUUGUGGAACUGGGGAGCACUAGGGAGCAAAAUGGCGCGUAAAAAUAAAA